AUGGUUUCGUCUCUCGUCCUACCGGCACCUAGGUCGUCCGAUCUGCUGAUGCGGGACAGAUCUCCGGAAAUCAUGUCUCUUCGAGGGGGUGCUAUCAACACCACCAGUCCAAGAAGCUCGGGUUUGGUACCAGUAUCUUCUGUUGGUAAUAACAGUAAUAAUGGAUCGGGCUCGGUAUCGGGCUCCGGAACAAGUUCCGGCUUGGCCCGGACCGUUCCGGACUCUGAUCUUAAUCAACGAGAUUACGAUUCAAUCCCAAAUGACAAUGAAGUAGUGAAUGGAGCUGAUAGUAGUACUGGUGCUGGCGCCGCGACUAUUGGUUACGACACUAAUGUCAAUUCUGUUUCAGCUGCUUCUACACCAUCUUCCACCUCGGUGUUCACUUCGCAAUCGUCGUCAUCGACGACUGCCUCGACUCCGAUCCCAUUUUUCCCGUCAACGGGCCAAUCUGAUCAGUCAUCGAAAUCUACUGGACACGAGUCUACUCACAACGAAUACUUUUCAAGUGCGACUGAUGCACCACUACCGGGUUCGAACUCAACCUUACACACAGACUCUCUCCCAACAAACCUACAGCCUGAAGAGAGCUCUUCACCAGUGGUCUCUAUAGAACUACCAAAAACCUCGUCUUCUAGUGACGGCAGCAUCGAUGAAGAGACACUGUCAGUCUCAAGUAUCACAGAUACACCUUCCACAAGCUUAGGUGUCGCUCAAAAAGACUCAAAGUCAUACUCACACGUGGCGUCACCACUGACUCCAACAAGCUUGGCACACCUAUCACCGCCAACUGUAUCACUUCUUUAUCCAGAUACAGCCCCAAGAGAGACGUGGCGACCCCAGCUAGAUGCCUGGAUGAAGAAAAACCACCCAUUAAAGCUCAAGGAAUUAUCUCAGAUCUCAUACCCAUGGAUUCACGAUAAACUUCCCUCAACAGCACCUAUAAACUUCCCGUCACGACCACACUCACACACCUCGACGAGCUCUUCAAGUUCUUCCCAUCGUGACACGACGUCUACAUCUACAUCCUCUUCUUCCUCACACUCAGUACCCCCAUCAAGUCGCUCUCAAGAGACGUCUCCACCCUAUCCACCUGCCACAUUAUCAACAACGAGUAUAUAUGGCAAAGCAGGUCUCUCAAAAGUGUCUUCUUCAAACUCAAUUCUACCACUAUACGCUUCAUCAGCGUCACACGAUCGAACUUCAACGGCCUCCUCAAUGAGCCCGACAACCCAGUACUUAUCUCCAUCCUUAUCAAUCCCGUCGUCGUCAGCAUCCUCGACAUCAUCUGGCUCGCUAUCAAUGUCGGUUCCAACGGUCUCUUCAUCGUCUUAUCAUCGACCACAAAAAGCUGCUCGUAGAGCUUCCUACUCAGCUACCUCACACACCAAGCCAUACUCACGACCAAAUCACUCGACGAUAGGCGGACCCACAGGGUUAAGCCAAGAAGACGAUGACCGAGAUGAUCAUGCUCAUAUUCACAAUCCCCGUCUACCGUCACCGCCGGAAUCACCACAGCUAUCUGCAAACAGCAAUUCUCAAUUAACACUCGAGCAAUACACCAACUCGAUAAAGAGACGCUGCAUUUCUUGUGGUUCAGAUCAGUCGCCAUGCUGGCGACCCUCGUGGUCUGCCAGUGCCGGACAACUCUGCAAUUCCUGUGGUCUUCGCUAUAAAAAGACGGGUGCCAGAUGUCUUUCUGCCAAAUGUGGCCGUAUUCCUGCCAAGGGCGAAUGGGCUGCCAUGAAAUCGGUAGCAGUACGAGUAGGAGGUCAGCUGCACUACUCGUGUCUGUGGUGUGGAGAUGAGGUCGAAGUUAUGCCCCGAGGCUAG